UUACUGAAGUCAAAACAGAUAUAUAUGUCACCAGUUUUGGACCUGUUUCUGAUGUAGAAAUGGAGUAUACAAUGGAUGUCUUCUUCCGUCAGACAUGGGUAGACAAAAGAUUAAAAUAUGAUGGCCCUAUUGAAAUUUUAAGACUUAACAACUUGAUGGUUUCAAAGGUGUGGACUCCUGACACUUUCUUCAGGAAUGGGAAAAAGUCUGUUGCACAUAAUAUGACAGCCCCAAAUAAACUCUUCAGAAUAAUGAGAAAUGGCACCAUCCUGUACACAAUGAGGCUUACAAUAAGUGCAGAGUGUCCCAUGAGAUUAGUGGAUUUUCCCAUGGAUGGUCAUGCUUGUCCUCUCAAAUUUGGGAGUUAUGCUUAUCCAAAGAGUGAAAUGAUUUAUACCUGGACAAAAGGACCUGAGAAGUCAGUGGAAGUUCCUGAGGAGUCUUCCAGUUUAGUUCAGUAUGACCUGCUUGGGCAUACGGUAUCCACUGAAACCAUUAAAUCAAUUACAGGUGAAUAUAUUGUUAUGACAGUUUACUUCCACCUCAGACGAAAAAUGGGUUAUUUUAUGAUUCAGACCUAUAUCCCAUGCAUUAUGACCGUGAUCCUUUCUCAAGUUUCAUUUUGGAUAAAUAAGGAGUCUGUUCCAGCUAGAACUGUGUUUGGAAUAACCACGGUGUUGACAAUGACGACGCUGAGCAUCAGUGCAAGACAUUCACUGCCAAAAGUAUCCUAUGCUACUGCCAUGGACUGGUUCAUAGCGGUCUGCUUUGCCUUUGUGUUCUCUGCUCUCAUUGAGUUUGCUGCUGUCAACUAUUUUACUAAUAUUCAAAUGGAAAAAGCCAAAAGGAAGACAGUAAAAUCCCUCCUUGAAUUUCCAGUUGCUCCAGUACAAAGAGAAAGAAGUACAGAAGAGACACUUAUGAGUACAGAUGCCAAUUCAAAUGUGAGGAAAAGAACGAAUGCCACCGUACAGUCUGAAGCUGAUGGUGGGAGCCGCAUUGACACAAGGCACAGCUCCAUCCAGCCUCCCUCUGUAGCUCAGGGGUCUUCUGACAUUUCACCCCACUCCCUUUCUGCAUCAAGUCCCAACCCUUUCACACGCAUCAAUGCAUCAGAGACAUUAUCUUCUGCGAGAGGCACCCCUCCAGCUCCUCCUUCUACCCCCAUUUUAACUGGAUUUGUAUCCCAGCAUGCCACAGCUGGAUCCCCUUCCAUUCAGCGCUUGCUCGGAUCUAGACUGGAGCAGAUUCAGACCACCACACCUAAUACAUUAGGAGCAUCUGCAAAGCCAUCUGCUGUCCCACCACCUGCUCCCCCCGCCUCCCACUCUGGCACGAGUAAGAUAGACAAAUAUGCACGCAUUUUAUUUCCUGUUACCUUCGGAGCAUUUAACAUGGUCUACUGGGUGGUGUAUCUAUCCAAGGAUACCAUGGAAAAAUCGGAAAGUCUAAUGUAGUUUUGCUGCUAUGUAGUAGUUCCUAAAUUAUACUCACAUUUGAUGCAGAGUUUCUUCUUUUGAAACUAUUUAAAAAGGUCAAUAAUUCUUAUUUAUAAAAGCUGUGUGCUACUUUCCCAUUGUAAAGGCUGGAGUGUUUGGGGAUAAUUAGUUAACUCCUAGCAGAGUCGUGGGUAACAGAUUUGUCUUCCUCCCUUCAGCUAGCAGUGAACCAUCACUCUCUUCAGCUGGCUACUCAGAACUUGCCUUUGGGAGGAACACGGACCCAAACAAAUCAAAGGCAGAGGUGCACAGCUGUGCAGAGGGCCACAUCUUGACUGCUAGGAAUACUGCUAGCAUCUUGGUUAUUACACCUCCCUGAGGCACCCAGCACUGCUGUCUGGACACAGCAUUGCGUUCUCUGAGUGCAAGGCCCAUGUCCUGAAUAUUUUGGCAGUGCUUGCUAGAAAAGGACUUUCCCUGCUAGGUUAAAAUUGGCAGAAUGGGGGGAAAAAACAAUGAACUGUGGAAAAAGAAAAGAGCGUCCAGCCUGGGAGAGUGCAACUCCAGAAAAGUUAUGCAAAGGAGUUGUAGAGCUCCAUAUAUUUUUACUAAGCAUUAUUUUGUGUUGCAACCUGGGAAAUUCUCACUCCAAAAUAAGAAUGAGUGAACCUUGUAAAAUCUGAAAUCUGAUGUAAUUCUCAAAAUUGGAGUUUUUUGUUUGGUAAGGUGAUCUUACAUGUGUGGUUCUUCUUUGACCUUGCUGACCAGCUUGAGUGGAUUUAUUCCUAAAUUACAUCUGUUGCGGUAGAGGAGGACCAGGCCCACAAUGUUCAACUUUUUAAUUGUUUUAAUCGAAUUCUUUGUUCUUUCCUUUGGAUGCUUUGGGUUUGUGGUUUUUUUGUUGAUUUUUUGUUUUUGGUUUUUUUCCCCUUCCCCCCUUAUUAUUCAGUCACACUCCUCUGAUUUCCUUUGAACACAUAUUCCCCUCCACCCCCUCCUUUUAUAUAAUGUUUGAGUCAGGUUAAAUUUUCAACACAGUCUUAAAAGUGGCUUCAAAGUUGAGCAAAACAAAUUUUCCUGUGCUUUGAUGAGUGUGGCUAUGGCACAUCUUUGAGUGAAUGAGAAACACCCUUUUGUGAAGGAAAGCUGUGACAUAAAUAAGAAAAGAAAGUUUCUAGGUGGAGCCUGGGGGGAACACAAUGUUUAUUUAUGGUCUGUUUGUUUCUCUUACACUAUAGCAUAGAUACGUGCUUUUCUUAGGGGUUCAUUUUGCAAUAUGCAAGCAGGCAACUUUGUUAAAGAAUUGAACAGUUUAAACCUGAUAGAAAUCUUGAUCAAAAAUGUUCUUUUCACCAGAAUAUGUGGAAGAUAUGCUGGCAUCUAAAAAUGUUUGCACAGAUCCAUCUAGCUAGGUAAAUGGUUGGCAGGUGACAAGUAAAAUCAAAAUGACAAGCAAAAAUCAAAAAACAGAUCACAAAAUACUCAGCUGUGACCUGGUUGUGCCUUUAAAGGGUCUGGAAGUAGCUGAAUCUCUUUCCAGUUGAAUAAUCUUUAGCUUCAGUUGGUUGGAACAGCAGAUUGGUAGCCCACGGUCAAAGUUCUAUGGUGGGGGGACAGAUCAGGUGAGUGGUCUGGGCCCAAGUAAUGAUCAAGUGACUGAUGGAGACCACAAGCAGCUGGGGUAACUGAGGACAUGUAUGAGACUGCCCUAGACUAUAUUGGGAAAGGAAUCAGAGUAAAAAGACCCCAGAAUGGUGAAAUUAUGACUGUAUCUCUGUGCCUCUUUCGGUCUCUCCAAGCCUUCUAGCCAGUUCACGGCUGACAAUCUGACCUUUAACUUAGGGGACAUGAGAGACUGCAAGAGAUGUGCACUACGUUCUGUAGCCAGGAUCCCAGGCUGCUGUUUCAUGCAUUGCAUUGGAUUGUUGAUGAUAGAAUGCACAGGACGUGGGAAUGUCAUAAAUCACUUUAUUAUGAUGUAGUGUUAUAAACAGUCUUUUCUUAUAUAAGUGAUGCUCUCACAAGGCCAGGUAUGGUCCUUUCCUUUUUGCCUUUUACAUCUAGAAGAAGCCUGAUAUUACAACACUCCUUAGAAAACCCUUACAUGUGCCAUAGCACAGAACUGGAAAUGGAGCCCUCACGCAAGAUGUCUAACUGCAGUAGUUUGCAUCUUUGGAUGUAUCUCUAGUUGCUGUAGCUCUUUCUUCCCCAAUUUGGUCACAUUAUUGCAGAUUGUCAGAAUAGAAGAUUGUUUAUUUAUUUUGUUAAGCCAGAAGAGACAAAGCUAAUCCUCUGGCAAUUAACGAUCAUAAUUGUACAAAUGAUAAAAUAUUUCUGGUAUGAAGAACAAUGGCCUUCUGUGUGUUGAGAACCUAGUGUUUGUGCCAGAAGUGACUGAAAUGAUUCCUUGCUUUCCUCUAUGAUGAAAACCAAGGAUGUUUUCUCUCACUCAGAGCUUGAAACGAUUCACUAGAAGCAGCUGUCUCUUCCUUCCACCCAUUCCCAUAUACUGAUUGUAUAAUCAGCUUUUUCUGUGCACUGUUCAGUAGGAUCAACACUGGUCCAGGCUAUUUGACCAAGAUUGAUCUGAAUAUGCUACUUUGAUUCAUCUGUAGUUUGUAUUUCAUUUCAAAGACUUACAAGGAGUAAAAAAGGAUUGCAAGAAUUAAUAGAUUCCAAAUAUUUAUUUCUAUACUUCCAUUUUGGAAGAAAUUUUUAAUGAUACCGCAGAGAAAAAAAAAAUCUAUUUUUAAUCUGUCAGUGUAUUUCUGAAAUACCUUCUGACACUUGCAUGCCUACGUUCAAAAUGAGAUAUAUAAAAAAAAAAUCUCAUUAUGAGUCUGGGACUAAUUUAUCGUACUGUGCUACAUUUUUGUGUUACAGCAAUGAAGAAAUUACCAUAACUUGCUUUUCAAAGUACCUACGGACAAUGAUAAUAGGAAUUUAUUGUUAACAGCGGUUCUUCAUUGUAUUUAAUCUCCUUGCAGAGUGAUCAGAAACAGUAAAGAGCCUGUAGUAUACUCAGUAAUACUGGCAGGUUCUGAAUACUGUAAUUCAGAAGCACAAACAAAAGCAGGAAUAUGCUAAAUAUAGUGGCCCAAAUGUUCAAUACUGCUAACUAACUAAAAUCCUAAGGGAGAAUGUUGCAGGUGUCAUUUCAGUGACCAAAUGGCUUAUUAGGGAUGGCUUUGAGUGAGAUGAACUCUACAGGGGCUGUUUUUAUUGUUUUUUCUGUUGGCUUUGUUGAACAAUCUUUCUUUUUUUUCUUUUUUUUUCUUUUUUUUUUUUUGACAGUACCAUAGUGAUUUAAAACGAACCAAACACUUCAGAUAGUCAUCUCUAUGAACAGGAAAGGAAACUGGAUAGAAAGCCAAAAAACCUUAUCAGGAAACAGAGACAGAUCUCCACUGACUGCUGUUUCCUCGGAGACAUUGUUACCAACAGCAAAACUCCCACAGAUUGCAGUGAUGCAGCCCCAAACAGUAACACAGUCACUUGAGAAAAACAGUUAAAAAUGCUGUUCAGAAAGGUUGUCUUCACGGGAACCAGAGUAUAUUUUAUAGUCAGCCAUGAGCAAGGCAAAUUGCAAAAAUAAUAAAGUCAAGGAAGGAGGGAAACCUAGACCCCAGCUCCUCAUGGUGACCUGAGCUCUAAGAGCUCACCAGCAGAACUGGAGUCUGUUUGUCCUCCUGUAAAAUGGACUUGUCUCCGUCAAAUGGCUAUCAGUGGAGCAUUUAUUUUCCUACACGUUUUUUGAGGGGAAAAGGUAGAUUUUGUAAACUGUUUAGUCAUCUGCUCUCCAUUACCAUGCAGUCAGGCAAGUAGAACACAUGACAAUUGAAUGAAGGUGGUAAAUAAUUUAAUAAGGAACGUGACUAGAGCUUUCUUGUUAACAGGAACUAAAAGAUAUUGAUUACAGAGUGUUCAAGUAUAGCCUUUGGCAUCUCACCAUUUUCAUCAUUCAGGAUGGAUCUUGCAAAAAAUUGGGGAAACCAGAUAACCGUAUUUAAUAGGUUUUAACCAGUAUUUCUACAGAAGGGUGAAGGAACUCAGCUUUUCAUUAUGCACAGAGUUCUGUCUCCUUCCACUUUCUUGCCUACCUCCUGUAUGUCGCUUGGCCGCAUCGUACCUUAUGCUGUAGCACAGCGACUGUGUGCCAUGCUGUGUCUAUUUAUCCAGUUUACCCAAGGCCUAAUGUUCCCAUCUCCUUUGUGCUAUUGGAAGUGGAGGGAAGGCCAGAAUGGAAGAAAUGACGGCACAGAUUGUGUAAGAGACACAUAUUGUCCACCUGGGACAUUUUCCCCUAGGGGAAUUCCUAGGAGAAUCUUUCUCAGUGGGAGAGGCUGGAGCACAGUUUCUGCUGUAGCACACUCUUCCCCAAAAUCCCAAAAGCUUCCAAGAGAUCUGGCAUGGUAGAUCAGCAACUUUGCACACUGGGCUCCAUAACUUUUGCUUGACCCAAAAGAUUUUGGAGGAAAGAAGUUUCGGUGAGUUUUUCCUGGGACUUGCCAGUAGGACUUGACUGGUGAGUGUUGUGGCUGACACUGGUGUGAAUUGCAAUACAGACAGCUGGCAAAAAACCAAUAACAUCUUUUCUCCCCAAUUAUAAUUUUUUGUCAAGACCUUAAAUUUCCUUUACUGUGUGACUCCAAGGUAAGUUACCUAUAUUUAUAUUGUUGUGAAGACCUGUGCUGGUAUCCAUUGAAAUCAGUAUGUGUUUUUCAUUGACUUCAGUGCCCUUUAAACAGGACGUUUACUUGAAGAAAAAAAUGCACCAUUUUGGAAGAGUCUGAUAUGCAUUAAUUUGUACAGUCUUCAUUUGUAGGUCUCUCCUCAGAGUCAAGAUGUAGCUUUUUUUUUUUUGAGAAUAUGAGGAUCAUGGGCAGUUUCAACGCAUUCUGAGUAAAUCAGACUCUACAAGAAAGUUUUUUACUGCAUCCCGAGCAAGUGAGAGUAGUGUGAAGUAUAGAGCACUCUGAAAACAUCUCUCUUUGCUAAUGUUACGUACUGUGUUCUUAACUGGAGAAAAUGAAAAAUGCAAUUAUUGUAAAAUUGGUAGAAUUUGUGAAAUAUACUUUGUUUUCCCAUGAAUUAGAAAAUGUAGGUAUUUAUUUGAGAAUUGACUAGCAUUGACUUCUAGUCUGUAACUUAGUGCAUCUACAGCUAUCUCUUAGACUUUCUUAUGCUUUUUACAUUAUUCCAAUAGACAGGACUUCAAAGCAAACCAGUUACUACCCACUGAGGUUCAUUACCUUUUUUUUGGUCAUAGUUCUAUUUUCACUUUCUUGUGCAAGAGAAACUGAGAGUGUGUUGGUUCCUUUAAAAUAAAAAUAACAGCAGCAAAAAUAAAAAGCCUUGGAGAUUCCCUUUUUAGAAAACCAUCCAAGCUCCCAUCAAUUAUUGAAUGCUCGUUUUAAAUAAUAGCAUAGUUUUAGCAUUUAAAAUUUCAAAUUACUAACGUGAUCACAGCCUGGAUUAUGUAUUUAUAUCUAUCUCCAUACAUAUAUAUAUAUAUAAACUACAUUAAAAUAACAUGAAUUCCCUGAAUUGUAAGGGAGGCAGACUCAAGACACACUUUAAGCAGUCUUGUUUUCAAAGAGUACCUUUCUGGAUGGAAAGCACAGUGUGAGGUAUUUUUUUAGUUAUUAUCUUCAUAUCUCAAUUUUCAAGAAAAAAAAAUCAUGAGGAAAAUACUAUACUACUAAAUUGACCUUCAACUAGGACAGACAUCUGGGUUAUUUUCUGCUGGUGGUCCUGCUGUUGUUGAUCUUCAAAUUUUGCUGUGUGGUUUUGUGAAUGUUGCAUCCACGUUGCUGUUAACUGACAUGGCACUCUACGGAUGAUCUCAUGGCAUAAAGAAGCAUUUAAAGAAAUAAUCAUUCUUUGUGAAAAUGUAUUUAUCCUUGGAAAAAAUGUAACUUGAAGUUGGUAGAAGACGCAGGUGACAGUAUGAAGCACUCAGCAGGACUUCUGAGCUCGAUGCAUUACAAAAUUCAGUCAAGUAGUGCUUUGUCUUGCCUUAUCAUCUUGUGCCAGUGGCUCAUCUCCAUGGUAAGUAUAGGUGCUCAGGGAUGGAGGACUCAGAAGUCCAGAACAUGUACAAGUAUUUCUUCAAAGUGCUUUCAAAGUAUCAGGUAGUUAACCUUAUUGCUAGCAGUAACUUCACAGUCUGCUUUACAUUUGCAAGCUUGAAAAUCUCCUGUUCUGCUAGACUGUCCUGGGUCGUCAAAUGAAUAAUGACAUAUUUUACAUAAAUAGAUGAUUCUGUAUGUACAUGCAUUUCAUUUUUUAUUAAUUUGUGGCAACAUUCUCUGGCACCAGGCGAGCAGUGGAGAUUUGAGGCAUUUGAGAUGACAUGAUAAUAUCAUUUUGUUUCAUAGAUGUGUGGCUUUGCAGAUCAAUACCACCAGCACGUUCACGCUGGAAAUGAAUCCACUUGUGCAAAAUCCUGGCCUUGAAUAUUUAACCCAUGUUUGAAGGGCUAAUGAAGUAUAUUAGGCAGGACAGGACGCAGGACCUGUUUGCUCUAAAAGGCUUCUGGAUUGGGGCUGGUUUAUGUCCUGCCAAUCUCUUAAGCACGCUGCUCCCGACAGACCACAAGCAGAAUCCAUGUUUUUGGUUUGUUUUUUUUUUUUUUAAGACCAUGAUUACUCCACUGUAAAACUGUAUUACUGCUGAAUGUAGCACUCCCACCUUCUUCCUUGGUGUCCUGCUUUGCCUGGCCAUGGUGAGCUGGCUGAAAUAACUUGUCUAGCUAAAAAGCAAUUUGUCUUUCCGUCUUUUGGCUGGCUGGUAGCCAGUAGUUCUCUGAUCUGGCUCCUGGUCUUAGUGCUGGUACAAAGGAGGUGGUGAGGAGGCUGGGACUGAUCUUUUGAGCUGGGUUAAAGCUGGUGUGAAACCACAGCCUGAGGAUCUUCAUGCUGCCUCCACUGGCAUUAAAACAGAGGUGCUCACAGGCUUUUUUGAACCUCAGGUGCCUUCCAUAGUCAUUUUUUCCUCCACAGAGGUGAUUUUGGGAAUUACAUCAAUGACAAAUAAUGGAGAAAAAACUAUAAGCAGGUCAAAAUUUAUGAAAGAGCCCAAAUCAAUAAAGUUAUUUAAGAGAGAGCAAAGGAGGAGAAGGGAAAACAUGAGUAAGGAUGAAAUAUUUAGUUUCUUGCUACCAAGCAGUUAUUUUAAGAUGUGUCCUAUUAGAGGUACUAGAACAGCAUCUGGCAGGAAACAGCCUAGAAAUAAUUAUUUCUUCAUUAUAAGUAUAAUGAGAAAGUAAUAAAGAAAAUAAGUUGCUAAUGUCCUCUUAGAAACAUUUCUGUUCCAUUGAAGUUGUUUUCAUUAAAAAAGGGUAUUUUUGUCAUCAGUCAGGAAGAAUUAGGAGACAGCAUAGUAAGGGAAAAGGACUGAGUUUUAUUAAGUAUUACUGGUUCCCUCUGUCUUAGAGCAUUUCUCAACCAAAAUUGUAAACAGCAACAGUUUUGUUUUUAUUUUUUCUGGGACUCCAUAUAUUUAUUUUUCAGUAAUGAAGCACUUCAGGACCUUUGGCAUUUACCUUGCUUUACGUUUAAGAGACUGAAUAUAGAGAUUGCUGCCUCUGAUUUAGUUCAGUUAUAGAAAGAGAGAGGGGAAGAAAAAAAAAAAAAAGCACAAGAAAAAAGUUCUUCUGGAAGUGUCAUACCUUCCUACUAAAUCUGAAGUCUUCAUUCCUGGUACCUGAAUUUAUGGGAGCUUUCUAGUGGAGAGCGUUUCUGAUAAUCCAGUUAGUGCUAUGGCUUGUGGGCUGGGGCUGCAUUUAAAGUAGAAGUGGCCAAAAAUGUUUAUCCCCAGCCUUAGCACUCCCAUGGGGUGGACCCCAUGAGAGGCAAAGAUGCUUUUGUACCAUCUUUUGUAGCAUCUUUUGGCUGCCUGAGAGCUGUUGUGCUGCUCAUGUGGGAGAAGGUAGGAUUCUCUGGUUGGAAGUAGAGGGGUGGAAGGAGGGUGAGACAGUGCAGCUCUUACAUUGGAUUCAGCCACUUAUGAAAAUGCCCCCUGAACUCCUUUCCGAGUAGGCAGCUUGGGCACCAGCUGAGCAUGAUGUGGAAUUCAACACCGACUGCGAGUCCUGCCCGAGGAUCAGCACAGUUAAUCUGCUCUAAGGUUUCUGAUGCUGUGGCUAUAACACUGGGAAGAUGUGAGCUCACAGCUGCUGCCAGCUGGGAGGCCUCCUCGGUGCUGUGCAUCCCAGCUCUACCGGGGGGCUUCGGGCCCCUCGGAGCACUGGGGGUGGGAUGGAAAAUGGUUUCUUGGAGUGCAAAAUAGGGCAGGGUGAAGCUGAAGAAAACUCCUCCUUCAGCUCAGCACUGCUGAUAUUCAUGGUAACAGCACCGAGCAGCCCAAAGGAGGAUCAAGGUGGGUUGUCUUGUCUUGUCUUCUUGCACAUCUGCUAAAUGUGCUGAUGCGGGGAGAGGUGGGAGCGACAAGUGUGUGUAGGGUAAUGGAAAGGCAUGCUUCGUGCUGCUGCCUGCUGAGCACCCGCCGUCUCUGCGGUGAUUGCGGUUGCCCUGCAGUCGUAAAAUGUGUCCAGCCAUGCAGACUCUGCUCCUGAAGCACUUCCCAGCAGUUCGUGGGUUUUCCCAGAAGCAGAAUUGCAUCUCUGUUUUUUUGUGAGUAUAGUUAUUAUGCCCCUGUCACUUCUAACAUAGCUUAAACAAAGGUGUUUCUCUCUGAUGCUUAUUUCUCUGUUUUGUUGUGUAUUUAUGAAGAAAAAAAUCAAGCUUUUUUUUUUUCUAGUUUUAUUUAUUUUAUUUUAUUUUUAAAAGAGGUUUCCUCACUUGCACACAUGGAAAUCACAACCCCUGUUGCAAACUUUGGGAAGGUAGCAAACAGUCCUAAGCUAACUUCAGGAGAAUCUCUAGGGUAAUGAAAAAGACAGCUCCUGUUUUCAAAUAAAAUCUCUCAUUUGGAGAGUAUUUAGUUACAACUUUUUAAACAAGCUGUAGUUUAUCAAAAUAUUUUCUCUGUACUGAAAAUGUGAAUUUUGUCUGUAUCCAUUUCACUUAGGAAGGUGAAACACAAUGAAUGUACUUGUUAUUUUUUCUGUUAAGCUAGUUAAUACCUGUUAUGGUGGGAAAGAUGCAUAGCCAUGCACUAGCCAUUUCAUAAACACAUGGAUUGUAUUUUUUUUUUCUUCGGAGAAUGUAAAGAUCAUAUAUAAAGAGAAAGUGGAAGAAUUUUGUAGAGCAAUUUAAAGAGGCUACUUCUCACUUCCUAUCUGGACGCCAUAUGCAUAAAUACAGUGAACUCAGGUAAGAGAAAAUAUGAGAGUAAAAGAAAAGACCACCUCUGAUCUGCAUGCUAUCAAUUGAUCUUACUAAUUACGUGAGUUAACAGCCUCCCUAUAGGCUUCCAGGUUUUCCUAUUGCUGUGCCCUGGGGGAAGUGCAGAAGGCAAUGCCUUUUCCAAUAAGGCUUAGGAAUUUUUAGCUUCAGUUCAUCAGUCCAGUCAGGAGGGCACUCAGUCAGUGCCGGCCUUGCUGAGUGUGGUCUCGUAGGUCUAAACUUAGUCCUGGUGGAGCAGUCUGUUAGUGGGAGAAAGUAUCUCAGUUCUGGGUAGGAACAGCUGAAGCUGGAGACCAUUAGGCAUUUUGCUGAGGUAGGACGUGAGAGUUGAAUUAGGCUGAAGAGCUGCUCAUUAGCUAUUUAAAACCCCCCUAGUGUACAAUUUAAAACCCGCUUUAGCGUGUCCUGCUACUUUUGCACCGUUUUGAUUCAUUCUGGACCUGUCCCUGGCUUUGCUCCCUCGCCUUAGGGCUGAGCUGGGGGGGUGGCAGCUGCUGGGACGGUGUGGGUUCCACACACCUUCCCCUUGGCUGUGGGAUCUCUGCGCUGAGCAUCACCAGGAGGGAUGGCAGAGCCCGGGCAGGGAGAGGGUGCGUGCCCAGAUUAAACCCAAGGGUGGAGCAUCGAGGUGCUGCGUUGGGAGUACUGACACAGUGGUCUUUAAAGAUCACUGUGUGUGUUUCGAGAUCCAGUGUUAGUGCAGUGGCAUAAAUCACUUCGGAUGCUCAAAUUACGAGUCAGCUGUCGAGCAGACAAGCGGUUUUCUGGUUUGUAAGAUUUUUCUGGGUGAGCUCUAGCACUGCCAGCCCGCUCGUGCUCUCUGCUGCUGUGGCAAGGACCAUUUGACUCCAAAGUAUGUGAAGAACGUUGUAUUGCUGGCAAAUAUCCAGAGCAGUGACAUUAUGUUAAAAGCCUGGCGGCAGACAAAGUAUUCACUUGCUGGUAAUAAGUAAGUAAGGCAUCUACUAGUUGCCUCGAGUUUCUGCGUUUCUCCUCACCUUUACCUACCGUCCCUGUGCCAAACCUGCCAGUUCUGAUAUUCCAAAUUGCUGAGGUGCUUCUGUGAGCUGUUACAAUCAGUCCAUCUGACAAAUGAUGUGGAACAUCCUUCCUCUCGCUCCCUCAGCUCGCACUGGUCAGAGAGGCAGGCUGGGGAGAUGCUAACUUCUGUGUUAAUUCAAAGUGUAAUAGCUGUACCACCCGAGGAACCAAAAGAAAAGGGGAAUUUCUACGUGGCAUGCAGCAGCUGCUAUAGCUGUGUGCCAUUUUUAAGCUGAAAAAUGUAAAAAGGAAGAAGAUGGUAUUCAUUGGUAUCUUAAUUAAUUGUAAGCUUUUCUUUUCCUGUGAAGCCCUGUCCAUUGCAACCAAAGCAUUUGGGUUUAAGUUUUGACGUUGUAAAGGAGGAAUCCCGGUGAAAAUUACGAAGCUUUCUGAAGUAUUUUUAUCUUUGUUUUCUGUAAAAGCUGUGGCAUGCAGAAAAUACACACUAAAGCAGCAUAGUAGAAAUGCUUCUUUAACACCCUCUUAGGAAAGUCCUAAAUCCCCUAACUUCUCUGUCAGUAACUCACUACUUCUGCAAUAUGUGACUGUCCUAGAUGCAUGUUGCAAGAGUUUCUGUGCCAUGCCAAAUUCUGAUGUUUAUCCCUUUGUAUUGACUCAUACAUGGGGAAAAACUGAAAGGAAAUCAAAGCAAGGGAAGCCUUGGAGUUGAAUUCUUUUACACUAUUCUUCGUGCACAUUUUUGUUGCAUGGAACAAUGUGGCUGGGAAGAUUGGAAGAAUCAGAGGUUAACUAAAUUAUUUGAAUGCAUAUAUUCAAUGCUGGUCACCUGACUAUACUAACAAACUUAAAAGGUGGUUUGAUAGCUGUCAAUUUGUUUUGCUAUUGUGCAGCUUAACUGUUACCUUCCUGUAUUAUGAACAUCUAUGUAUUUGGAAAAUAAAUCCAUCUUGCAAGAAAAAUUGUGCAAAAAAUUGUUCCUAUUAUACUCCAGUGUAUAUUGCUGAUGUCAAAUAAAAUACAAUUGUGAGAGUUCUUAAA